AUGAGCAUAAAUUCAAAUGAUACUUUGUUCUACCAAAUUAAAAGAUUGAAUGAAACAAUAUACAAUGUUUGUAUUGAGGCUCCACCUCCUAUUGUUUCAGAUGGUUUAUGGGCUGGCCACGAAAAUGGAAAGACACCAAUGAAAUUCUUCUUUCCCAUGUUUGAGUUACAAUUGGUUAUCAUUUUUGCACUCACUCAAAUAUGUAGUUUUCUUCUCAAACCUUUGAGACUCCCUCAAUUCCUUCCACAAAUGAUUGUUGGGUUGAUUCUAGGUGUUUCAUUUGAGCUAAAAUCAUUGGAAGCAUACAUGGGCAAGUUGUUUCCAUAUGGAACUCAUGACGUAAUUUCAUCAAUUUCAUCAUUAGGUAUGGUGAUCUUCGUUUUCAUAAACGGUGUACAAAUGGAUUUCAGCUUGAUAACGAGGACAGGAAAGAAAGCAUGGAUAAUUUCAAUAAUUGGAUUAUGUGUACCAUUAUGUGUUUUGUUUUUACCACUUCUAACAUUGCCUGGAAGAAUCGAAGCCAUUCAAAAAGUACACGGCGGCGGUGGAAUCAUAGUGGCAACGUUAUCUCACAGUCUAAGUCAAUUUUCAACAAUCGCUUCACUUCUAAGUGAACUUCAAAUCCAAAACUCAGAGCUUGGUAGAUUGUCUUUGUCCUCGGCUUUGGUCUGUGACAUACUAACCACAAUUAUUUCAGCCAAUAUUAUUGCUGUUCAGACUAGUUCUAAUUCGACACCGAUUUUAAGAAACAUGAUCUUACUUUAUACAUUAAUUGCAUUAAUUCCAUUGGUAUGUAGACCAAUAAUGUUUUGGAUCAUCAAACGUACACCAGAAGGAAGACCUGUGAAGGAUAGUUACAUUUAUGUUAUCAUUUCAAUGGUUUUUGUUCUUGGUAUUUUGUCAGUUAAGAUUAAUCAAUUAUUUGGCUUAGGAGCUUUCAUUUUGGGACUGUCUGUUCCUGAAGGACCUCCUCUAGGAUCUGCAUUGGUUAAGAAGCUUCAGUUCUUUGGUACAACAUUAUUUUUGCCUAUCUUUGUAACUACUUGUGUGUUUAAAGCGGAUUUUUCAAUGGAUAUGUCAUCAUAUGUUAUGGUAUCUGCUGGUUUACUGGUCCUUGCAACUCACUUGGUCAAAAUGGCAGCAUUAUUUAUAACUGCCCUUUGUUGCAAAAUACCUGUCAUUGAUGCUUUGUGUAUUUCCCUUAUUUUGAACACUAAAGGCGUGAUGGAAGUUGGCAUAUACAAUUCCGCAUUUGACGAUCAAGUUAUUGAUAGAAAAAUAUUUGGAGUGAUGAUGAUAAGUAUAAUGAUUAUAGCAACCAUUGUGCAUUGGUCAGUGAAGUUAUUAUAUGAUCCAUCAAGAAAAUAUGCUGGAUACCAAAAAAGGAAUAUGAUGAGCUUAAAAAGAAACUCAGAGCUAAGAAUACUAGUAACACUUCAAAAACAGAACCAUAUUUCAGCAGCAACAGAUUUCCUAGACUUAUGUUGUCCAACACAAGAAAAACCAAUCACAGUUGAUGUUCUUCAUGUAAUUGAGCUUGUUGGAAGAGCCUUACCUCUUUUCAUUCAUCAUCACCUUCAAAGACAAGCAUUAGGAUCUACUUCAUAUAAAUCAUACUCAGACGAUGUUAUCCUCGCUUUCGAUAUAUACGAGAAUGAUAAUCAAAAUGCAGUAUCAAUAAACACUUACACAGCAAUAUCUCCACCAAAUCUCAUGUUUGAAGAUGUUUGUAAUCUUGCAUUGGACAAAGUUGCAACCAUCAUCAUUCUUCCAUUUCAUAUAAGAUGGUCAAGUGAUGGUGUAGUUGAAUCUGAUGACAAGAAAAUACUAAGAGCAUUGAACCGCAGAGUACUUGAAAUUGCUCCAUGUUCUGUUGGAAUCCUUGUAGCUCGUGCUAAUUCAAUGCAGAAACCAACAUCAAUAACAUCAGAAUGUUCCAUGACUCAAUUAGCCAUCAUAUAUUUAGGUGGAAAUGACGAUGAUGAAGAGGUCUUAUGUUUAGCAAAACGAGCGAUGAAUAAUCCUAAGAUCAACCUAGUUGUUUACCGUCUUGUUGCUAAGGAAAACAUAGUAGAAUUGGAGGAAUUAACGGUAAUUGGCGAUGAAAUGUUGGAAGAAUUGAAAAAUGCUGAAAAUGUGAGGUAUCAAGAAGUUUUUACUGAGAAUGGAUCACAAACAGCAUCUUUUCUACGUGAGAUUGUGAACGAACAUGAUUUCUUUAUAGUUGGGAGAAGACAUGAAACUCAAUCUCCUCAAACUGAUGGAUUAGCAGAAUGGAGUGAAUUUCCAGAACUCGGUGCUAUUGGUGAUUUUCUUGUUUCACCUGAUCUUAAUAGUAGUGCAUCUGUUUUGGUUGUGCAACAACAACUUUCACGUGUGAAUGACGUUAAAAAGUGA